CGAACGAAAAUAAAAUUUAAAUAUUAAUCCAACUCGUAAAAAAUUCGCGAAAUUUUAGGAAAAAGGAUUUAUCUUAGCAAUAUUUUUGGACGUGGAAAGAAAAUGUAGGAAAUUGUAAUAAUUAACGAUCAAUAAAUGUUUCUAUGUUUAAACGUUCCCGCUCGAUGACGUCAGCCAGUCUAGCCAAUAUAAUAAAGACUGGUGACGCAAACAUUCGGCUCUCAAAGCCUGUAGCGUAACGAUAAUUGUUUGGAUAGAUGAAAGUUACGUAGCGCGAUCCAUAAAUUAUGAGAUCGCACAUGUGCACGCGCGAAACUUUGAUGAUCGAGAAACGAUUUUACGAUCAACCUUUGAAAAGUUUUCGAGAAGAAUUUUCAUUUUUGAUCAUUGAUGAAUAUAUAUAUAUACGUAUAUAUGGAUGAUAAACAAUCGAAGGAUUCUUUAUCCUAAACAUCGUAGCAACGAAACGACGAGAAAUUUUUCUCGAAGCGGCAAAUUCAAACGAUCGGCGCGCAACACGAACGAUACAACGUAAAGUUCACGCGAGAUACAAUCGUAUAAUUUGGAAGAGAAGAUAUAGGUUAAAAUAAAAGCGAAUUAUCAUUAAAUCAAUCUCGAGGAUCGUCAAUUUUCUUAAUAACAUGAUUCUAUUAAACUCACUCGUCGUAAGAGGUGAUAAUUUAUACUUGUAAAAUUAACAUUUUUUUUCCUGCCGCCGACCAGUUGAGUAUAUCGAAUACGUGUAAUUGAUCAACGACGAUUCAACCUUAUAUCUCGUCGAUCGAAUAUUUAAGCGCUCGAAGCUACUCGAAGAGAGAAUUGAAUUAAUCGAUAAAGUCGUUAAUCGAUAAAGGAAAAAAAAUAGAGAAAAGGAAAAGAAAAAAUGUGGAAACUGAACAGAGAUGUUUCAAGUAUCUUAAAAAAUCGUGUGUGGAAGAAGUUGAAGAAAUUCGAUUGGACGAGUAAAAUGACAUCGUCGUCGUCGUCGUCAUCUUCGACAUCGUCGACAUCGUCCACAUCGUCCACAUCAUCGACAUCGUCCACAUCUUCGACAUCGUCCACAUCGUCAUCGUCCUCCUCGUCGUCGUCGUCGUCGUCGUCGUCGUCAUUUAAUUCCAACAUGGUGGUACCUAAGAACGAGGUGAUCAGAUUUAUCUCCGAUUGUUUAUGCAAAGUCGGGACAACCCCUGAGGAUGCUUAUAUUGUUGGCCAUCACUUAAUGACUUCCGACUACUGUGGCCAUUUCAGCCAUGGAAUGAACAGAAUGCAGGCUUACGUGUUGAGCAUCAAGAAUGGAAUAACCAACCCUUCCGCGAAACCGAAGAUCGUUAGCGAUUUUCAGGCGGUAGCUUUGAUCGACGGGAACAACGGAUUGGGGCAUACGAUCGGCAAGUAUUGCAUGGAGCUCGCGAUCGACAAGGCAAAGAAGUACGGUAUCUCGAUGAUCACUGUCCGUGGCUCGAAUCAUUACGGGAUAUGCGGUUAUUACUCCCAAAUGGCGAUCGAAAAAGACUUGAUAGGGUUCACCUGUUCGAACACCAGCCCGUUGAUGGCCCCUACGCGAAGCAAGAUCUCGGGAUUGGGGACGAAUCCGUUGUCCCUUGGGAUGGGCGCGUCGGGGGGCGACAAGUUCUUGUUGGACAUGGCGACGACAGCGGUCGCGUUCGGGAAAAUCGAGCUGGCCAUGAGGAAGAACGAGUCGAUUCUGAAGGGUUGGGCGCUCGGCAUGGACGGGAAGAUCACUACGGACGCCCGGGACGCGUUCAACGCGGCCCGUUUGAUGCCGCUCGGCGGUGUGGAGGAGAACUCGAGCUACAAAGGGUACGGGCUUGCUUUGAUGGUCGAGGUGCUUUGCGGGAUUCUGUCCGGCAGCAAUUUCGGGCCCAACAUCAGGCAGUGGAAGGAGAGGGGGAAAAUCGCCAAUCUUGGCCAGUGUUUCAUAGUUAUCAAUCCGGACGCUUUUACGACUGGAUCGAAGGACAGGCUCGCCAAACUGUUGACGCAAUUGAGAAACUUGCCUCCGGUCGAGAACAAAACCGUCCUGAUACCCGGGGACCCGGAAAGAAUUGCCAUGAAACGCGUGGACAAAGAGGGCGGCAUUUCGUAUCACCCCAAUCAAUUGAAAUUGUCCAAAGAUUUCGCGGAUAAAAUGGGCGUUAAACCUAUGCAACUUGUCCCGAAAAAAUGAAUAAACUAGGGGAUUAGUAUUAUUAGAAUAUUUCUUAAUCUAUCUAUCUAUCUAUCUAUCA